AUGAAUGAGAGAAAGUCUGAGAUAGAGUCGAUCGAGCAGACACAAUGCGUCACGGAGCUUUUAGAAAAAAAGCCAAAAUGGAGGCACCUCUUCGCUUUCACCACGACACAUCACCUCUAUUAUCUCAGCGGCGCAGGCCUCUCGUCUGCUGCUGCGGCUGCUCUCCGCACAGCUCUUGCUAUCAUUCUAGGAAGAGUUUUCGAUAUCAUCGCCGCGUUUGGAAAUGGCGAAAUCACAGCAUCAGAAGCUUUGGCUAGCGUUUCAGGGUAUUCCAUCAUACUCGUCGCCAUGGGUACCCUUCAAUGGGUUACCAACUCGACAUUCCUAGCUCUUUGGCUCAUGUUCGGCGAGCUGCAGGCGAAGAAAAUACGAAGAGGCCUCUUUGAGGGACUGAUGGUAAUGGAACGUGCCUGGAUAGACUCCCUGCCGAAUGGCACCACAGGCUUGGUCGCCUCUAUCCAACGAAAAACACACGAGCUUCAGAUGGCGACUUCGCAAGUGUUUGGAUACCUAACUACAGACUUGUUCACGGCACUCACUUCGUUGGGUGUUGCCUUGUAUACGUCGUGGAAGCUGACGUUGGUACUCAUCGCGACACUGCCACCGUCUCUCGUGGUGCUGGCACUCACAAGUCCGAAAAUUCAACCAGCAAUCACGAAACAAGCAACACACCUAGACUCAGCUUCGAAAAUGCUCGCAGGGUCCCUCAGCGGCAUCGACCUUGUCAAAAUCUGUAAUGGCUACAGAUUUGAAGUUCGAAACUACUUGAAACACAUCGGUCACGCUGCCAAGCAAUAUCGCGUUCAAGCCCGCUACAAUUCUAUACAAAUUGGAUACAUCAGCUUUUGGGCUGUCGCCAUGUUUGUCGUUGGAUUUUGGUAUGGACUGGUUCUCGUCCAACAGGGAGAGCGCCCAGGGAACAUCGUGACAACAUUCUACUCUGUCCUCACCGCACUGCAAGGCAUUGAGUCAUUGCUACCGAAUUGGCUUGUGUUUGAAAGAGGGAUGAGUGCCGGCCAAGUAUUGCAGGCACUGAAAGUGGAAGUGACGGGUGCCACUGAAGACGACUCAAGUACAAUCCAGCCUGGCUACUUUGUUGGCGCAAUUGACUUGAAAGAGGUCAGUUUCUCAUAUCCAACAACGCCAUCGGUCAAGUGCCUCGAUAAAUGCACCCUUUCCAUCCCUGCGGGAGAAAUGACCUUUCUCGUCGGACGCAGCGGAUCUGGAAAAAGCACCAUUGCCAGUCUUGUCUCCAGAACCUACGACGUUUCCGGCGACUGUAUAUACAUUGACGGGUUGCCCAUCAAGAAGCUUCAGAAGAACUGGUUACAACAACAAGUUGUGGUUCUGGAGCAAACAGCCGUCAUCUUUAACGAUACCUUGUUUCGCAACAUUGUAUUCGGAUAUUCCGAUCCGGCCUCGAUUACCGGUAAACAAGUGGUAGAAGCGUGCCAAAAAUUUGGUCUCGGUUCUACGAUUGCGAAUCUAACUGGUGGUGUGCAUGCAAUUAUCGGUGGCAAAGGCUGCCCUCUGAGCGGCGGUCAGCGACAACGGAUUGCUCUUACGCGGGCAUAUCUCAAAGACCCGCCGGUCCUGAUUCUCGAUGAGCCCACAUCGGCGCUGGAUCCGCACAGCAGAGAUCAGAUCCUGAAUGAGAUAAGAGAAUGGAGACGAGGGAAGACGACUGUCAUCAUCUCUCAUGACCUCGACACAAUUCGCCAUGACGACUUUGUGUACGUGCUGGAUCAGGGAGCAGUGGCGAAGAGCGGUUUCAAACGAGAGAUGGUGAGCGCCGGCGUGGACGUCUUCCUCGCGGAGGCACUGAACAAUUCUGUCAACACCACCACCUCACACAUCGAAGUCAACGUUAAUAAGCCUCGAGUACAAAAAUGGGCCGAUUCUUCCAGUCAAGAGUCAGCAUCGCCCGUCCAGGCGUGGCUUUCAAGUAAAACGAAUUCCGCCACGUACAGCCCUCGCGUUUCUCUUCUUUCUCCUAGAUUCUCUGUUUUAUCAAACCUGACACGACCAGUAGUAACGAAUACCAUGCCCGCCCCGACGGCGGCUUUAUGCAGCGGUACUCUCUCUACAAAUCUGACAGGCUCGCGGGAACCUUUAGACAUUUCUCGGCUUUCAAUUCUGCUCAAUAAUCAGUUUCGAUCUGCUUCCUGCCAGGCCGCUCUAGACAUAAAUCCCAGAGACGUGCAGUCACCGCGCUUGAAACCUGGAUUUGACUUGGAAUCUGUGUCCAACCACAGUGAGCCGUCGGAAUUUCCCGACCAAAAGAAGAGGCGCCGUCUUGUCGAGUUCGGUCUCUGGUCCAGAAAGCAAACGAGAGAGGAUGACGUCUCCUUCCUUGGCAUUCUUCAAACCGUAAUUCCGGCGCUCGACACGCUGAAUACAGUGUGGCUUGUCCUUGGCAUCGUCAUGACUGUGAUUGGGGCUUUGACCACGCCGGCCUUUUCGGUGUGCCUGGCACGGCUUCUCGCUGUCAUGUGGUCUCCCGGAGACAAGGUGGCAGCAGGGAAAUCAUGGGCCUUGUCUCUCAUCGCUAUUUCCGUCGUCGACGGGGUCUGCGUCGGAUCGGGACGCUACCUGCUCGAGGCGUCUGCGCAGGCGUGGGUGGAUUCAAUUCGGCGCUCUGCCCUCGCGAGCAUCCUGCACCAGCCCAAAUCUUGGUUCAACGACGAAAAGAACUCGCAGACGCGUAUCAUGGAGACUUUCAACCUGCACGCCGAGGAAAUGCGCAAUCUCGUCGGUCGCUUCGUGCCCGUCAUCGUCUCCGUCGCCACCAUGGUCCUCGCGUCCGUCGUCUGGGCGCUCGUGCUCUCCUGGCGCAUGAGCCUCGUGGCGCUCUCACCGUUGCCGCUCGUCGUCGUGGCCCUGCAUACAUACACGGCCCAGAGCCGUGCGUGGGAGACGCGCUGCUCCAACGCCGCGGAGCAGACGGGGCGGAUUCUCGGGGAGGCACUCACACACGGCCGCACCCUCGUCCACUACGGCCUCGAGACACACUUUGCCGGCAAGUAUACCUACGAGACGACGCAGUGCCUCAGCCUCGGCUUCAAGAGGGCUCUCUAUACCUGCCCCCUCUUUGGCUUCUACCAAGCCUUCAGCUAUGGCAUGACGUCGCUCCUGUUCUACUACGGGAUGCGGCUGAUGACGCACGAUGCCGCGUCCAUGGACAGCGUGCUGCAGGUCCUCAACCUGCUUCUCUUUAGCAUCGGCACAGCCGCCGAGCUGCUCAGUGCCAUGCCGCAAAUCACGCUGACCCUGGCCUCGGCGGCGCGGGUCCUCGACUAUGCGGCGCUGACACCCCACGGUGAGCUGCCGGCCGAGACGGCCGACGCCUCUCACGGCCGCGCCAACAUCUUGCCCAUCCGCGUGCGCGAGCUCGCCUUUGCCUAUCCCGGCAAUGCUCGUCCCACGCUUAUCAGCACCACCCUCGACAUCUUGCCCGGCCAGUGCACCGUGCUCGUCGGCGCCUCUGGUUGCGGCAAGUCGACGCUCCUCUCGCUCCUCCUCGGCCUGCAGCAACCCCCCCUCUCCUGCUCCCCUUCUCCUUCCCUUCUGUACGCCGACACGCCGUGCUACGCCAUCGACCCGCGGCAUCUCCGUGCCACUAUAGGCUACGUCCCGCAGACGCCCUAUCUCUUCCCCGCCUCCAUCGCCGACAACAUCGCCUACGGUCUGGACCCCGCGUCGCCGCUACGCCACCGCUCCAACAUUCGCGCCGCCGCCCGCGACGCCGGCAUCGACGACUUUAUAAUUUCCCUACCCGAGAGUUACGACACACGUGUCGGCGAGGGUGGCACAACCACCCUCUCCGGUGGUCAGGCCCAGCGCAUCACCGUCGCCCGCGCGCUGGCGCGCCACCCCUCGCUGCUCGUUAUGGACGAGCCCACUAGCGCACUCGACACCGAGAGCGCCGCUGCGAUUCGCGCCUGCAUCGUGGAGCUCGUCGUGCGCUGGCGCGCUGAGCGUAGACCAGCCGGCGUGAUCGUGGCGACGCACAAUGUGGAGAUGAUGCGCGUGGCCGAUACCAUCAUCGUCAUGGACGGCGGGCGUACUGUCGAGCAAGGCCCAUUUGAGGACUUGUGGUUCAACGGCGACGCAUUUCGGCGUCUGGUAUGUCAGGAUCAGGAUGACUCUUAA